GACGGGAGAAGGUCUCGAGCCGUCGCAGCACGAUGGGAAGAACCAGUCUGGUCCUCAGCUUCAUCGUAGCGGCGUGUUUCUCUGGCAUCGCUGCUCAGAAUAAAGGUUGUGAAAAAGCCAACGUGGCCGACAUCGUCUUCCUAGUUGACGGCUCCUCCAGCAUCAGCCCUGGGAACUUCCAGGAGGUCCGGUCUUUCCUCCGCAACUUCAUCAAAGCCCUCGACAUCGGGCCCAACAAAGUUCGGAUCGGGUUGGCCCAGUACAGCGAUGAGCCCCAACCCGUGUUCCUGCUGAAGGACCACUCCGACAAGAGGUCUCUGCUGGCCGCCGUGGAGAGAAUCCAGCUCCUCGGAGGAGGAGGCACUGAGACCGGCAAAGCCAUCGAGUUCCUCCAGAAGCAGUUCUUCACCAAGGAGGCGGGAAGCCGAGCUGAUCAACGGGUGCCUCAGAUCGCUGUCGUUAUCACGGAUGAGGAGUCCUCUGAUAACGUGAAGGCACCCGCCCGGAAGCUCAGGCAAGACGGGGUCCUGGUGUUUGGCGUCGGGGUGGGAGGCACCAACCGGGAGCAGCUGGAGUCCAUCGCCAACUACCCCCCAGAUCGCUUCAUGCACUCAUUCGACAGCUACCAGGCUCUGCAGAGGCGGACGGAUGAGCUGCUGGAUACGGUUUGUGGCUCUGUGGUGGAGCAAAAGGAAGCUUUGGCAGAAAGGUUUGCAGAUGUUUUCUUCCUGGUGGACAGCAACAUCGCUCCAGCCCAGUUCACGCUUUUUAGAAACGACCUUUUGAAACUGAUCAAUCAGAUUAACCCCGGAGCGUCCACCUACCGUAUCGGGAUGGCGCAGUACGGUGAAGAUACGCAGGUUCAGUUCCUUCUCAAUGCUCAUCAAACUAAACAAGAGCUCCAGGCUGCUGUCAAAGGUUUCCGCCUGCGCCCGCAACCCAACCGGCCCCGUAACCUGGGCCGGGCCCUGCAGAACGCCAACACUCGCUUCUUUACCAAAGAGGCGGGGGGGCGUGCGCACCUGGGCGCCCGGCAGUUCCUGGUGGUCGUGAGUGGAAGAGACUCAGACGAUCUUGUGUAUCAGGAUGCUCGGAAGAUCAAAUCAGCAGGGGUUACCGUUGUUGGGAUGAGUGCAGGUGCAAGUCUGGAUGCCCUGUAUCGAUUCGCCAGCUCUGGGUACGCGUUCGAUUCUCCCAAAGUACUGAUCCUGAAGGAAUCCAUCGUGACUGAGAUAAAGGACGACAUUACUGAAGAUUGCAAAGGAGCCAACAUUGCAGACAUUGUGUUCAUUGUUGACGAGUCGGGAAGCAUUGGAGCGGAGAACUUCCAGCUGGUGCGCUCGUUCCUGCACUCCCUUGUGGGCAGCCUGGACGUAAGGCCGAAUAAAGUCCAAGUAGGCAUCGUUACGUACAACGAGGAGCCCAAAGCCCAGGUCUACCUCAACACGUUCGAUAACAGGGACGAAAUCCUGCAGUUCAUCAGCCGGCUGCCUUACACUGAAGGGGGGACGAACACCGGAGCUGCCCUGAACUUCACGCGGGACUACAUCUUCAUUGAGGAGUCGGGCAGCAGGAGAAGGAAGGGCGUCCAGCAGGUGGCGGUGGUGAUCACCGACGGGGAAUCCCAGGACGGCGUGCUUGACGCAGCAGCCAGUCUCCGUCGGGAGGACGUCAACGUGUACGCUGUAGGGAUCGGCAACGCCAACAAGGAAGAACUGGAGCAGAUGGCGUCUCACCCCGUCGAUAGGCAUGUCUUCAAGGUGGACAGUUUCACCGAGCUGAGGGCGCUGACGCACAGCCUGCAGAAAGUCGUCUGCGAAAACAUCAUCCAUCAAGCCGUCAGAGUCAGCGUGAGGGACUCCGAGGCCAAAAAAGCAUGUGUACAAAAGGAUGAAGCGGACAUCUUCUUCCUGAUGGACGACUCGGGAAGCAUUGGGAACCAAGACUUUGAAGACAUGAGGAACUUCAUCAUCAAGUUUUUUCGUACCUUCAACAUCGGGCCGGACCACGUCCGCGUCGGGCUCGUGAAAUAUGCUGAUGAUCCAUCUUUGCAAUUUGACCUGACGGCCUCCUCAGAUGUUGAUAAAAUGGAGACACGCGUGAAGAAUAUUGUACAUCAAGGCGGUGGGACAGAGACAGGAAAAGCCCUAAAAUCCAUGGGCCAGCACUUUAGGAGAGCGAAGCAAACCCGUGGUCACAAAGUCCCAGAGUACCUGAUCGUCAUCACAGAUGGGGAGUCCACUGACGACGUCAAGGCUCCAGCCGAAGAGCUGAGGCUGCAGGGGGUCACCAUCUUCGCCAUCGGGGUUAAAGACUACAACCAAUCAGAGCUGGUAGAUAUCGCGGGCGACACCAAGAGGACUAUCCAGGUCAAUAAUUUUGAUGCCUUGAAAUCUAUCAACAACGACAUCAUCGAAGAAAUCUGUUCUGAAGACGUUUGCAGAGAUGUACAGGGAGACAUAUUUUUCUUAGUGGACGGCUCCGAGAGCAUCUCUAAGGAGGACUUCAAGAAAAUGAAAGAGUUCAUGAAAAGUGUCAUCAGCAAGCCGGCCAUCGAGCAGAGUAAGGUGCACGUCGGUCUCAUGCAGUUCAGCAGUGACAACCGGCUGGAGUUUCCCCUCGGCCGAUACUACGGCAGAGAUGAGAUCCUCACCUCCAUCGAUGGUAUGAAGCAGCUGGACCAGGGCACCCUCACAGGGAAGGCCCUCACUCAGGUGUCACAGUAUUUCGAUGUGAACAACGGGGGGCGUCCGGACGUCAGUCAGAGGCUGAUCGUGAUAACAGACGGCGAGGCCAAAGACGAGGUCCUGGGCCCCGCUGAGGCCCUGAGGAAAAAGGGAGUGGUGGUGUACGCCAUCGGGGUGGGGGAGGCCAACACCACCCAGCUGUUGGACAUCAGCGGCUCCCCAGACAGGGUGUAUUCUAAGAAAGACUUUGAUGCGCUGAAGGACUUGGAGAGCCAGGUGUCUCUGGAGCUCUGCCAGCAAAAUUGUACAAUUAAAACCGCCGACAUUAUUUUCCUGGUGGACAGCUCCACAAGCAUCGAUGGAACCGAGUAUGAAAGCAUGCGGAUCUUCAUGGAGACAAUAGUGAAACAAACCACAGUUGGCAAGGACAUGACUCGUUUUGGGCUCAUUUCCUACUCCGAUGAGCCCCAGUCUCACUUUUCCUUGCGUGACUACGACACCAAACGAAAAGUUCUGGAAGCGAUACCGAAGCAGAAGCCGAAAGAAGGAGACACCCACACGGGCGAGGCCUUGCAGUUCUCUUUGGAGUACUUCGACGUUGCACACGGGGGCCGUAAAGCAUCGAAUGUCCCUCAGAUUCUCAUGGUGAUCACCGACGCCGCCACCAACCCGUACAUCUUAAAGGAGCACUCCGACGCGCUGCGAGCCAACGGGAUCACCGUCAUCAGCGUCGGAGUCAAAGAGGCGAAAAUUGAUCAGCUGGAGACUAUGGCCGGGGGAGACACAUCCAAAGUUUUCUUUGUGGACAAUUUUAAGGCUCUGGAAACUCUGUAUAGAAAAAUGUCUUCUGUCCUCUGCAACUCCACAAAGCCAGCUUGCCAGAUUGGCGAUGUCGUCUUCCUACUGGAUCGUUCUAGCAGCAUCGACGAAACCAAACACAACAUCAUGAAAAACUUCACGACAAACCUAGUCGACAGCUUCGAAGUGGGUGAAGAGUUUGUGCAUUUUGGACUCUGCCAGUUCAGCACCACGCCUAACGAUGAGUUCUACCUCAACGAGUACUUCAAUAAGAAGGAUUUACAAACCGAAAUCCUUAAGGCCAACACAGGGGGAGACACGUACUUAGGCAGAGCCUUGGACCACAUUAAGGAUUACUUCGACAAGUCCAAGGGCAGCCGAGACCAGGUCCCCAAAAACCUGGUCCUGAUAACAGAUGGGGACUCUCAUGAUGACGUGGAGGACCCGGCUGACGUUCUCAGGGACAUGAACAUCGAGGUGUUUGCCAUCGGCGUUGGAGACGUCCACGACCUGCAGCUCCUGCAGAUCGCCGGCACCCCCGAGAGGCUGUUCACCGUGCGCAACUACGAUGUCUUGCACAACAUCAAGCAAAAGGUGGUCGACGUCAUGUGCGAUGACCCAAACCCUCCUCCACUCCAGCCGACAUCAUCCCCACGACCCCCCACGCCGCCGCCACCCCCGAAAGACUGCACCAUUGAUAUCGCCAUAGGAUUCGAUAUUUCUCAAAGGACCGGAGCCCCUGGUGAGCUUCUGGUCAGCGGCCAGGCCAAGCUGCAGAACUUCCUGCCAAAGAUCCUCAAGUACAUUUCCUCAUUAGAAGGCCUGUGCUGUGUCGGCCCCGCCCCCAUCAAGCCCAACAUCGCCUUCCUAGUGGUAGAUAGAGAUGGGCGUACCUUGUACGACACAAACUUUGAGGGCUACAGGGCGGACGUGGUGAACAAAGUCAUGACCCUGCCCAUGACACAACCUUCCUAUUUCAACACGGCCAUGAUAAACGCCUUCAAGCAGAGGUUCAAGAUCCAGUCCAAAGCUCAUGUGAAGGUGAGUGUGGCACAGCUGGCAAACCCAGAAAAUCAAUGAAA